UUUCACGACAGUUGGGCAGCGUCGCUUUGCGACAGCGGCUAUUGGUUCGCUAUUCUUGUGGUCACGGAUCUCUUGUCUCUCAUCGGCACCUAAAUCGGCGGCUGCUAGCCGGGGGCUGAGCCGGGGACGACACGCGGCCUCUAGGCUGGGAUGAGCUGCGGCCUCGCAGACUCAGGACAGCGCCGGCCGAGCCAUGGCCAGCACAGUGGUAGCAGUUGGACUGACAAUUGCUGCUGCAGGAUUUGCAGGCCGAUAUGUUAUACAAGCAAUGAAGCAUAUGGAACCUCAAGUAAAACAAGCUAUUCGAAGUCUGCCAAAAACUGCCUUCAGUGGCGGCUAUUACAGAGGUGGUUUUGAACCCAAAAUGACAAAACGAGAAGCAGCGUUAAUACUAGGAAUAAGCCCUACAGCCAAUAGAGGGAAAAUUAGGGAUGCUCAUCGACGAAUCAUGCUUUUAAACCACCCAGACAAGGGUCUAGAGUGACAAUGACUGAUCUUGUUUCUGUGAACAAGCAACUGGAUAUCAAGUGAAAAUACCAAAACUGGAAUUUUAAGAUUUGCAGAGCAGCUAAGUAGCACAGUAGAUAGAGCACCACACCUGGAACUGAGAGGAAUUAGAUUCCAAUCUGGCCAGAGAUAUUUCCUAGCUAUAUGAUCCUGGGCAAGUCACUUAACCCCAAUGGCCUAGCCCUUUCUGCUCUUCUGUCUUAAAAUUGAUACUAAGACAGAAUGUAAGGAUUUAAAAAAAGAUCAAGAAAGGCCAAAAGCAAAAUUUAGAAAAUACAUAAUAAAUCCAAAUUAAGGACUGUCUCCAGAUCUUUCAUUUUGCAGUUCAUGCAGGCAUGCCUGCUUCUUAACAGAAGCAGAAUCAAGCUUAAGAUAAAGUAGAUAAAGGUCAAGGAUUUCUUUAGUACAUGCUAAAGUCUCUUCUAAACCUUUAACUUCUGCAAGCAACCUUUAUCUUCUGAGACUAGAAAGCCUGAGUCUAUCCACUGAGUGUGGGCCCAGGACUUAGGGCCCAUGGUAGAGUAGUAAAACUGGGAGAAGUCCUUAAUUCCAGUCCCAACACCACAGUACCACCUGAGUGAUCUUGGGCAAAUAACUCUAUUUUCCUCAUUGUAAAAGAUUGGGAUUGGACUAGAUAAACGCUUAAGGUCCAUUCCAUUUAUCAAAGAUGGGGGGGGGGGGGGGCAUGCCCAAGCCAGAAACAGAGAGGUAAAUCAUCUGCCAUUUAAUAGGUCUGUUGCCCAAAACAGUUUCUGACAUUAGUGAAUCAGCAAAGUCAUCGAGUGUCUACCUUCACAUGUUGCCAUCAGAGACUUAAAGAAAUACAGUGAUGCAGUUACUCAGCAAAUCCUUCUGAGGACGGGGGAAAUAAGGGGAAGAGGGUGGUGACCUCAGCCAUUCAGAAGGUUCCUGGAAGUAGGUGAAAAGCAAGGAGAAGAGCUUCUCCAAAACCUACUGUCUAGUGUCCAAUAGAAAAUGGACAUUACCGGGGAUCCAAACUUCAUUGUCUGACUUUUACUGACAGCAGAUUCUAGCUGCCGCUAGCAAACCAACAAGUGAAUACUCAGCUAGGAACCGAAGGGACAACUGUCUGGGGGCCCUCCGUGGUGACCUGCCCCCUCGGUAACCACUGAAGCCAUUUGAAGCUGUCUUACAACACAAUAGAAACUGGUUGAUUCUCACCCUGACCACAGGUUAUUAAGAAAAAGUUACACUCUGGGAAGUAUCUACUGACAUCUCUAGAGAAAGCCUACCCUGUUGCAGUGUCUUGUUGUGGCCUGGAGAUGCCCCGGAGCUCAUAAAAACUGUCAGCAGCCAUAAGCUCUGACAAGAACUAUAAAUGAACAAGCACUUAAUAACGGCCUACUAUAAGCUGGAUACAGGGACGAAAAUGGAAGUGCCCUUGUUGAGGUUGCAUGGGGGGGAGGGGGGUAGAUGGAUGGAUGGAUAGGAAGAAUAUGAUUAAAAAUAUGUAAGAUGAAAUGUGGAAAAGGCACCAGCAAAGGGGUGAUCAACAAAGCCUAAUGUAGAAAGUGCUGGUGUUUGAACUGAGCUCUGAAAGACACUAAAGCAGCCAAGGCUUUGGAGAGGCAGUGUAUUGUGGACAAGAGGGUACAGUGGCCCAGAGAUGCAUUGGGGAACAACAAGAAAGGGCUGGCAUGCAUGAAGCCAAGUCGUGUAUAGAAAUGGAAAAGUAGGUUGGGACUGGUUGUAAAGGGCUUUAGACCAAACAGGAUGAGUAGGGGAGUGACAUAGUCAGACUUUGCUUUAGUACUUUAGACCACUUAACAGCUAUGUGGAGAACUAGUUUGCCUGCUAUUGGCAAGACCCCAUUCGAGAAUUGCCAAGACUUUGCACUAGGGUGGUGGCCAUUUGAGUGGAGAGAAGGGGCAGAUGACAGAGAUACGGAGGCAGAAUAGACGGAGCUAGAAGCCUAGAGGUAGAGCGUAUCUCUGUUUUAUAGAGGUACCAGUUCAGCUAAGUUGGAAGCGCCAGUUCAAAAUGAAUUUGGCCACCAAGGGAUGGAUUUUUCAGCCAUCACAAAUAAUGAUCAGAGCCUAAGUAAAACAUCCCAAGUUUGUGAUCUCCACUGGUUGAGAACUUUUUAAAGGGUAAAUAAACCUUUUGUACUGUUGACACUACAAAAAA